AUGGCAAAGAGUGAAUCCGAAGCCGCCUUCGCCGGGCACGUGUCCGGCCAGGCAAACAAACCCUUGUCUCGUCCAGCCCACGCCUUGGCUCACACGGCCGUCACUGCCGAAAUUGGUGCUGAUGCCAACGACGGCCUCAGCGCCGCCGAAGCCCAGAAGCGCGUCGAGGAGCACGGCCGCAACGAGCUUGGUGACGCCGAAGGCGUUGCGCCGGGGAAGAUACUCCUGCGGCAGAUUGCAAACGCAAUGACUCUAGUGCUCAUCCUCGCCAUGGCUGUCAGCUUCGCCAUCCAGUCCUGGAUCGAGGGCGGCGUGAUCGCCGCCAUCAUCAUCCUCAACAUCGUCGUAGGCUUCCUGCAGGAGUUCCAGGCCGAGAAGACCAUGGACUCGCUCCGCUCGCUCAGCUCGCCCACGGCCAGCGCCGUGCGCGACGGUAAGAACCUUACUGUCCCGACUGCUGAGAUCGUGCCCGGUGACAUGGUCGAGAUGAAGACCGGCGACACUGUGCCCGCCGAUGUCCGACUUGUCGAGGCUGUCAAUUUCGAAACGGAUGAAGCUCUCCUGACGGGCGAGUCUUUGCCCGUCCGCAAGGAUGCCGACGCCGUCUUUGGUGACGACACCGGACCGGGCGACCGCCUGAACGUGGCGUUCGGCUCUUCUACCGUCACCAAAGGCAGAGCCAGAGGCAUCGUCUUCGCCACCGGCAUGUAUACGGAAAUCGGAUCCAUCGCUGCUGCGUUGAGGGCCAAGGGCUCCAAGCGCCGCCCCGUCAAGCGGAACGCCAGGGGAAAGGCCGGGCCUCAUCGGUAUGCUCAAGCUUACGCCAUGACCGGUUUCGAUGCGCUGGGAAGGUUCCUCGGCGUCAACGUUGGCACCCCGCUGCAGAAGAAGCUCUCCUGGCUUGCCGUCCUUCUCUUCGGCAUUGCCGUCGUCUGCGCCAUCAUCGUCCUUGCCGCGAAUGAGUUUAGCAACGAGAAGGAGGUCAUCAUUUACGCGGUGGCUACCGGUCUUAGUAUGAUCCCUGCCUCCCUCAUCGUCGUCCUGACCAUCACCAUGGCCGCUGGCACCAAAAGAAUGGUGGAGAGAAACGUGAUUGUCCGGAACCUCAAGUCGCUCGAGGCCCUCGGAGCUGUGACAGACAUCUGUUCGGACAAGACAGGUACACUGACACAGGGAAAAAUGGUUGCAAAAAAGGCCUGGAUUCCUUCCAGGGGCACCUACUCGGUUGGCGACUCAAACGAGCCGUACAAUCCGACUCUUGGCCAUCUAUUCUUUGAUGCUGACCAGCCUCGGAACAUAAAGUUCGGAGGUAAUAACCAGGGUAACGGAAAGGCUGCUGAACCUGCAGAAUUCCUCGAAAACAACCAGCCCCUACAAGACUAUCUGAUGGUCGCGUCAUUGGCCAAUCUCGCAACUGUCCACGAAAGCCACCCAGGCGAGUGGAAUGCCCGAGGAGAUCCGACCGAGAUUGCCAUCCAAGUCUUCGCCUCCCGUUUCGGCUGGAACCGGCAGCGCUUCACCGACGGCGACGCUCCCACGUGGAAACAGCUCGCCGAGUUCCCCUUCGACUCCACCGUCAAGAAGAUGUCGGUCAUUUUCGAAGAGGUCAACGAAGGGAAAAAGCACGUUUUCACAAAGGGGGCUGUGGAACGCAUCAUCGACAGCUGCACAUCUGUCUGCUUGGAUGGACCUGAGGCCGUCCCACUCGUGCCCGAGUUCCGCGACGACAUCCUGGCGAACAUGGAAGCACUCGCCUCCCUUGGGCUUCGCGUUCUGGCUCUCGCUUCCAGGGACUUCACGUCGGAUGUCAAGAAGGGCCAAGAGCUCAACCGCAACGAAAUCGAGACGGACCUGACUUUCCGUGGUCUGGUUGGUAUCUACGACCCACCGCGUCCCGAGUCGGCGCCCUCGGUGAGAGAAUGUCAGCAAGCCGGCAUCGAAGUCCACAUGUUGACCGGCGACCAUCCCGGGACCGCGUCGGCGAUCGCCUCCGAGGUUGGCAUAUUGCCACCGCGCAUGCAUGAAUUCAGCAAGGAAAUGACAGACGCCAUGGUCAUGACGGCCGGUCGGUUCGACAAGCUUUCCGACGCCGAGAUUGACGAACUCCCGAUCCUCCCUCUGGUCAUCGCACGCUGUUCUCCCACCACCAAAGUCCGGAUGAUCGAGGCGCUUCACCGCCGCAAGAGAUUCGCCGCCAUGACCGGCGACGGCGUCAACGACUCCCCGAGCCUCAAGCGCGCCGACGUGGGCAUCGCCAUGGGCCAAGCGGGCUCGGACGUCGCCAAAGACGCGUCCGACAUCGUCCUCACCGACGACAACUUCGCGUCCAUCCUCAACGCCAUCGAAGAAGGGCGCCGCAUGUUCGACAACAUCCAAAAGUUCAUCCUGCACCUGCUCGCCGAAAACAUCGCGCAAGCCACCGUCCUCCUCGUCGGCCUCGCCUUCAAGGACCGCCACGGCCUCUCCAUCUUCCCCCUCUCCCCCGUCGAGAUCAUGUGGGUCAUCAUGAUCACCUCGGGCCUGCCCGACAUGGGGCUCGGCUUCGAGGUCGCCGCGCCGGACAUCAUGCGGCGCCCGCCGCAGAGCCUCGCGCGCGGCGUCUUCAGCGUCGAGGUCAUGGUCGACAUGGUCGCGUACGGCGUGUGGAUCGCCGCCCUCUGCCUCGGCGCCUUCGCGCUCGUGCUCUUCGGCUUCGGCGACGGCGACCUCGGCCGCGACUGCAACGAGUCGUACCGCGACGCCGCGACGGGCGAGGCGGUUUGCGACACCGUCUUCCGCGCGCGCGCGACCGCCUUCGCGUGCCUCACGUGGUUCGCGCUGUUCCUCGCGUGGGAGAUGGUCGACACGCGCCGCAGCUUCUUCCGCAUGCAGCCGGGCAGCGACCGGUACUUGACGCAGUGGGCGCGCGACGUGUGGCGCAACAAGUUCUUGUUCUGGGCCGUCAUGGCGGGCUUCGUCACGAUUUUCCCCACGCUGUACAUCCCCGUCAUCAACCACGACGUGUUUCGCCACGAGGGCAUCUCGUGGGAGUGGGUCGUCGUCUUCGUCGCCGCCGCCCUCUUCUUCGCCGGCGUCGAGGCGUGGAAGUGGGCGAAGCGCGUCUUCUUCAGGCGGCGCGGGGCCGCGUCGUUGUCGUCGUCGCCGCCCGGAGACGAGGACGAGCGAGCGGACGGCGUCUUUGGGAACUCCAGGGCUUUCCUGGAGAAGGCCGGGACGGGGACGGGUUCUGGCGAGAAGGUUUGA